AAAAAAAAUUUGGAGUCCCAAUCUAAAACAACGUCGUUCUCUUAAUCCCAGCCCUUCCCCUUUGCCUUUGCCUCUUCUGCAAUCAUCUCCAUCUUUAUCUCUGAUUCCUUCUCCAUCGCCUCUCAUCUCCAUCGACUCCUCCAAAUCCUCUGAUUCCACUACAAUUCAUCUUCUCCGUCGACGGUGACCCCUGCUUUUUUUCACUUCUUCUGCAAUCAUCUCCAUCUCCAUCUCCAUCUCCAUUGAUUCCUCCAAUUCCUCCAAUUUUUCAAAUGCAAUCCCACGCCAACUGUGACUGCCACCACCAUCACCACCGCUCAAAGACCUCUGCAAAGCCCAGGAUUGAAGCAGCCACUAAAGCCGCUUCUGUAUCUCCAACAACAACUGCCGCAGGCAAAAAGCAUAAGGGGAGUGUCUUCUCUUGCAUAUGUUUCCCCGAGGAAGAGGCCAAUAAGAGACGCAAGCUGUCCUCUGAACCUGCAUCUUCUUCUGCUCAUGACAAGGCAGCUUCCAAUGGUUACUACGAUGAACAUAAGUCAUCAUCCUCUGCUGCUGCUGCCAAGGCUGUUUCCACCGGUGUAAAGAAGAGUAGUAGCAGUGCGAUAGAUUAUGAGUCUAGCGACGAUGAGCGGCAUUUCAAGAGGAAGCCUUCAAGGUAUGAAUCAUCGCUUUCACCAAUGGCUGAGAGGGAAGAUGAGCCACGGCACUCAAAGGGGUCUAGAGAACGAGAAUGGAGCGGCUAUAGUAAACACAGAUAGAAUGGAGCGGCUAUAGUAAACACAGAUAGAAUGCAAAAUGCUGGCUCUGGUAGUGUAGCUGCACUGCUUGCUUCUGCUUUUUCCUUUUCAUUUUUU